AUGCCGCCACCGCGAGGAAUAUACAUAUUGAGGCAGUUUCUGGGCGUGUCCCGCGUUAGGGAACGAGCUUUAACUCAUCAGUCACUGCUCCCCAUAUAUUCCCAUUCGUCAAAAGGGCCUCUCAGACAGCAUUCGACAGUACCAAAUGCCCCUUGCGAGAUCCCACCGGGCCAUCUGGAGACGAAGACGCAUGUCAUGGGAUGGGAGAAGAUUCAAACACAGGUUGAACCGUAUUUCAAGACCAAUUGGAACUUCGUCAGCGAGAAGGAAAGAAAGGGGUUGCUUAGCAUUGGGCUCCCUCACGCCUUCUGUAAAUCAUUCCCUUCGACGCUUAAUAACCGUGUCGGAGUUACUUGCAAGAUGCUAUAUUUGUCUUUGCUCAUCGAUGACCAACUGGAAAAAAUGAGCUUUGCACAAAUGCUAUCUUAUAGACAUCGGACCAUGGAAGUUGCACUCGGGUCGGUCAAGCCGGAUAUCAGCAUCAGUCGCGAGUGGAUGCUUUAUGAUACAUUGCAGAUCAUGCGAGGCAUGGAUAAGAGGUUGGCAAAUCGUGUUGCCCGUGGGUUUUGCCAAUUAUUGAAGGCUAUGACAUCCCCCGAACGCAACUCGAUAACAAAUCUUGAAUCAUAUUUUCAAUUUAGAGAAGUUGAUUCCGGUCGAACGUUUUUCACUGCCCUCAUCAGAUUCGGCGCCAAUUUACAUCUCAAUGACACAGAGUUGAUGAAGUCAAAGCCAUUUGAAAGUAUCGCAUUCCGGCAUUUCAGUAUCAUCAAUGAUAUCUAUAGCUGGGAACGGGAAUCGAGAGUGUCCCAGACAAUUUCGACCGAUGGCGCAAAACCGUUUUCAUCCGUUUAUAUUGUCGCUAAAGACACUCGACAGCCUUUCUCUAUAUGCCAGCGAUUAUUGUACGACUACUGCAGAGGAAUCGAGCUUGAUUUCAAACAAGCUGUGGAUGGGCUUCGGGAAGAUGGCUCUAAUGUGCUGACACCCCAGCUGGAGAGCUACCUUCGGAAUCUGGAGUUUUUUAUGAGUGGGAUGGAGGCAUGGAGUCAAUUGACUGCCCGAUAUAAGAAGUAG